AUGUAUGGCGAAUCAUGCGGCCGAAUAGGCGAAGGAUCUAACAGCACGGUGUUGAUCUAUAAACGCGACGCCAAGGUCUACGCUGUCAAACGAUUUCGAAAACGCAGACGUAGCGAGAGCGCUAAAGACUACAUGAAACGCAUUGCAGGCGAGUACUGUAUCGCCUCGUCGGUUAGUUCCCAUCCCAACAUCGUGACGACGCUAGAUUUAGUGCUGAAGGAGGAUGUAUACUGCACAGUAAUGGAAUAUUGUAAUGGAGGCGAUUUAUUUGAGUGCAUUAAGGAUGGCAGGAUGAAUAGCGAAUAUGAACGCGCCUGUUGUUUCAGGCAAUUGAUCCGUGGCCUUUCACAUUUGCAUUCGCUAGGCGUUGCACACCGUGACGUGAAACCCGAGAAUCUGUUAUGGACUGCACGGGGUCAGCUCAAGAUUGCUGACUUUGGAUCUGCUACUGUGUUUCGUACGCCAUAUGACAAUACUUCAGUGCUGCCUUGGGAGCAGAAUGUGCACAAAGUCGGCUCGGUUCCAUACAUAGCUCCUGAGCUGCUUUUGACAGGCAAAAGAACAGUAGACUCGGGCACUUACUCAGCAGUUAACAUUACACGACUUGAUGCUGCAGAUAUUUGGAGUGCUGGGAUCGUUCUGUAUUGUGUAUACCGUAAUGGGUUGCCGUGGAAACAAGCGUCCCCAAGUGAUGCCGGUUACCGCGAGUUUUUGAAAUGCCAAGGAAAUUUUGUUUUGUUUACCGACAUACCGUCAGGUCCUCAGGGCCUAUUGUAUCGUAUGCUCGACAUCAAUGUGCAAUCCCGGAUUUCUGCUGACGAUAUUCUCGCUACAGAUGGCUGGUGCAAAUCGACCAUGGUUUGUCGUGACGGAAUAGACCUUGCAAACCGCAUGCAUUAUCAUAGUGCGAUGCAAUAA